UGUUGCAGGCAGUAUAUAUAUAUUCUCAUAUAUUACUCAGGAAGUUUACUUUGAUUUUACUGAUCUUCUGUGGAUUAUUUAUACUCUGAAUACAGAUGUUUUGUGAAGGUUUCUGAUUCGGGGUGGCUGUAGUUAAUCAUCUGUUUGUGCUGGUUGUGUUUGACUGUUACUCGGAUACAUGGUGUUAAAGGGUGAAUACAGAUUUGGUGUUUUUAAUACAUUGCUAUAUGUUUUGUGAAGGUUUCUGAUUCGGGGUGGCUGUAGUUAACCAUCUGUUUGUGCUGGUUAUAUAUGGCUGUUGUUCAGAUACAUGAUAUUAAAGACCAGUGUUAGUGUUAUUGAUUGAUUCAGGUCUGCAGUGGAUUGCUGUCUAAAACUUACAACAACUUGACCCACUAGAUGAUGACUGGGUUAAUACCUGUAAUUUACAACAAUCCGUUUGUCAUCAGACAGCUGGUUUUAUUGUUUCCUGACAGUGUAUUGUGUGCAGUGUGUAUGAGAAGUGUUCUUUUCAUAGACAAAGUGUUUUCAGUGUGCUGAAUACGGAAGAACUGCACUGUUGUAGAGUCUAUGAACUUCACACUGACAACAUGAACAAAUGGUUUUCAAUUUGCUGAAUGAAGAACAACUGGCACUGUUGAAUAGUGUCUGUGAACUUCAGGUUGAUAACAUGUAGAUGUCAAACCAAACAGUGAAUGAUUUUUAUUCAACUUAUAAAAGUAGAUUACAUGCAGAAUACAUUUUUGCAUGGCCAUGCUCAACAAGGUUGAGGCAUGCCUAUCGUGGACCCAAUUUUUGAGUUACAAGGUGAAUUUUAUAGUGUAGCCAACAUUAAAAAAAAUUACUGUAUAAAACUACUACAGAUUUUAAACUAAAAGUUGUUCACCCACUCCUAUUGGAAUGGAGUACUUUGAAGAGUGAGUGUUGUUGUUUAUAUUACACUGCAAGUAACUCUGUUUACCUUGUCUGCAAGUCUUCAAGCAAGAUGCAAGGGAUGGUGACUUGAUGGUAAAGUGCUGUCAGUCUUUGGAGUCCUAGAGUGUUAUCUGUGUGCUGUAUACACCAUUCUGUCAUAAAGCUGACACUCCUGUUUGUGUGAUAACAAACCUGGUUACACAUAGAUAUAUCUGGAGAGAUAAGAAACCUGGUUACACAGAGAUAUCUGAGAGAUAAGAAACUGGUUAGAUAAUACUGUGUGGUCUGGUGGUUUGUGCCAGGACAUCUGGGUGUACUGUGGAGAUAGAUGAACAUCAGAAGACAAAACACUGUUUAUAACACUAACAGUCUGAAGAAUCUAGGUUCAGUAAUAUGUGUUGUGGAGUUUAUCCAAACUUAUAUCACAACUAUCAAUAUAGAUAUAUCUACUUUUCUUAACUGCAAACAUGCUGUAAAACACUUGGUUGGAUCAUACCUUGGUUGUGUGUGGAUAAAAAGAUGUUCAUAUUUUAAUUAUAACGUUAACAGAGGAAAGUGACAACAAAAGAAUGGCCUUGAAUGCUGGGAGGAGCAUCGUUCGUCCAAUCGCCUUCAAGCCUGUAAAUGGUGCCGUCAAGACGAUCAGUCCCCCUCGUGGUGCCCACCGGCGCAUGUCCAAUCAGGACGAUGGCUAUGGGUCACAUGACUAUAGUCACAUGACUGGCAAUGGCACGAAUUUGUCUCAUGGUAGCUCACACCAGGAUGGCAGUGACAGGUCGACAAGCUUCUCGAGCGACUUCUCGCGGCCAGUGGAUCGGCCCGAGUCCCUGCCGUCGCUAAACAUGAGUCGCGUCUCCAACAACAUGGAGGUGUUUCCUGUGCAGACUCCGUCGCCUAGUGACAGCGGGGUUGGGGAGCUAGAGAUUCUGUUGAGGGAGAAGGAUGCGGAGAUCAACACACUGCGCGACGUGAUGGAUCGCAAUGAGAGAGCCAUAUUCCAGGUGUACGAGGAGAAGAAAUCAUCUUGGUUGAGAGACGUACACGAGAUUCGCGAGGAUUACGAGAAAAAGUUCAAAAUCCAACAACGAAAGUCGUACAAAACGGAACAGGUGCUUUCCCUGCAGGUGUACAAGCUGCAGCAGGAGAAGCGGACCCUGAAGGACGAGUACGACAAGGUUUACUGUGAGAAGGAGAUCGCCCAGAAACAAUGUGUGUCGUAUGAGGAGGAGAUCCGAGACCUGCGCGUCAAGCUGGCCAGCUACCACAACGGCAAACCGCCGCCACCACAGCUCGACGAGAUGACCCAGCUCCGCCAGCAGGUGCGCGACCUCAACGAGGAGGUUUGUCUGAAAAACCGUGAGGUCCUCACCCUCCGCACCCAGCUGCACAACAAUGAUGCCGAGAUGGAGAAGAAGAACAAAGAGAUCGCGGAGAAGUUCCGCGAGAUUCUGUCCAAAACGGAGGAACUCAAAAGUCUGAAGAAUGAGCUGGGUAAGCUCUCUGCCGAGGAACCAGAAUUCCGUGACACCGGUGUCCAGUGUGACUGUUUGGUGGACCCUGUUGUGGGAGUUAGUAGUCCUCGGGGAGUUGGUAGUCCUCAAGGAGUUGGUGGUCCUGCAGGAAUAGGUGGUCCUCGAGGAGUUUGUAGUCCUCAAGGAGUCGGUGGUGUUCCUCAGGGGUCGUCCCUGGUGUUAGGGAAGGACCGGACAAUAGUCUCCCUGCAGGAGGAGGUGGUGAAGCAGAGGCAGGAGCUGUCGGAGAAGCAGGUGGUGUUUGACCGGGACCGGGAGCAGUGGCUGGACGAGAAGAACAAGGUGAUCCGCUACCAGAAGCAGCUGCAGCUCAACUAUGUCCAGAUGUUCCGCAAGAACAAGAUGCUGGAGGCUGAGGUGGAACAGCUCACCCUCGAGCUGGAGAGUCGCGACCUCAAACUGAUGGCCAUGAGUGGGGAGGAGUCAGUCUGUUGACGAGCGUCACUUGCUAUCAUAGUGUGCAGCUGUAUUAAUAUGCAACCCAGUCUGAUGUGGAAGAUUGUGUUACUCUCAAACUGAUGGCCAUGAGUGGGGAGGAGUCAGUCUGUUGACGAGCGUCACUCGCUGUCAUAGUGUGCAGCUAUGUUAAUAUGCAACUCUUGUCAUGGUAACUUGUCACUCCUUUUCAUAGUGUACAGCUGUGUUAAUAUGCAACUCGUCAUGGUAGCUUGUUAAUACACAACUCAGUUUGAUAUGGUUUUUUGUGUUAAUCUCAAAAUGAUGGCUGAGAGUACAAAAUGAGCCUGUCAGUCAAUCAGUCAGUCAACCAUCAUUAUCUGACUAGUGGUACAUCCACUUGGGCAUCACCUUGAAUGCCCUGGAAAAUGUGCAUGGAUGUAUUACUAUGCAACCAAGUCUGCAAUGAUUAUUCUAUUUAGUCUUAUACUCAAUCUGUCAUGGAUUGUUGUGCCACUCAGUUCACCACCAUGGAGAUACUUACUGUACAUCUUUCAAGAGUAAACAUUCAGUUGUCUGUAGAUUGAGUUGGAUAAACAUAACUUAUAGUCUGUGAGGUAUCAAGCAGUGAGAUACCAAAUAUAUCAAGCUGGUGGGAUAAUAAGCUGUAUCAUUUGAAGCUAUGGUGUAUCAUGGCUAUAUCAAACUGGAGAGACAAACCUCUGUUGUAUCACCUGUGAGAUACCUACUUUCGAGAAAUAUUAAACUGCAACAGAACAAUUUAUGAAGCAUCAUCAUGUUUGAUAUUAAACUGUGAAAUACGACCAUAUGAUGUCAGUCUGUGAGAUAUUAACUUGUGAGGGCAGGCUGAUUUCAGCUGAUGAGACACCAAUCAUGGCUAUAUCAAACUGGAGAGACAAACCUCUGUUGUAUCACCUGUGAGAUACCUACUUUCGAGAAAUAUCAAACUGCAACAGAACAAUUUAUGAAGCAUCAUCAUGUUUGAUAUUAAACUGUGAAAUACGACCAUAUGAUGUCAGUCUAUUAACUUGUGAGGACAGGCUGAUUUCAGCUGAUGAUGAAAGUGUUUUCUACCUUGCCAUAAGAGAAUCCUGUCAGAUGAAUUGGUCCAUCGUCCAUGUGUUCUGUCAUUCUAUCAUGUAGCUGAAAGUCUUCAGUUCCUUGUAACAAAAGUGAUGGAGCUGAUGACAGUAAUUCAUUAUUUCAUUACUUACAUGUAUUUAUACCUGCCACACAAAAGUGUUGGUGCAAGUUUGUCCUGACCAUGGAAAUAUUGACGAUAAUUUGGCGAUGCUACAAGCAUGCAACAUUCAUUUGUUAUCAAAUAUACCACUACAUUAGUAGAAAUGUUAUUCUGAUGGGAAGUCAGUGAUGUGCAGCUAAAAUGUUAUUGUUUUAAAAAAAAAAUUGUGAUAGGAUGGAUUAACUAAAAUUAACCAAAAAACAAACAUACUAUAAAUAUGCAAACAAUUUCCCCAACCCCCAAAAGGUGCUUUGACUGUGUCACAAGAGAAGCAGAAAAGUGUGCCAAAAAUGAUGUACAAAAAUGUAUAUGUGACAUUUAUGUGAGCUGUGUGACAACCAAUGAGAAUGUAGGAAAACAAUUUGUGCGUUGUGACCCGUGCCUUAUUCCAGCAAUAAUGUGCUUCAAAACAACCUGCUCCCAGAUCAACCUUCAGUUUAUGUGACACACCAUUUGGUGCACUCCUGCAAUUCCACUAGGUAAACCUGUCUAUAGAGGACACUCUAUAACUCCACUACUUAACAACACUUAAGGACAUAUAAUUAGCCUUUAAAAACAGAUGACCUGUGUAAAGCAGUCAAAAUGGAAACAAAUUCCAAGAAUACCCUAUAGCAGGCACCUUCUUACAAAGUAACCAGUAUACACAGGUGGCUGUUAUACAGUAUGCCAUUAAAUCUGCUUUGAGUGCAUGUACAUGUCCUUAUUAAGCAAGUGAUCAUACAUGUAUAUGCUGGUUAAAUAUAUAUAACAGAGUGUGCCUGAAUCUAAAUUGGAUAUAGGCAUGUUAAUAAAGUUCCCUAUAACAGAACUGCCUUUGCAGAUAACCUUUUACUGUAAUCAGUGACUGUUAUUAUUCAGGUGUUGCUAUGCAGAGUAGUUGUUAUAGACAGUGCCCUCUGUAGGAGAGUUUAACUGUUUUAAACAUGCACAAGCAUGGAGUUGGUUUGAUGGUUUACAGUGAUAAAACUUCAUUAGAAAAUAUUUUGUUUAUCACGGCCAGUGUAUGGGCACUGCAUGCUGUAUAUAUUGUGACACUUAAUACAAGUGACAUUUUCCAGUAUACGGUGUUUUCACUCUUCUAGAAGCCAGUUUCCAACAUUUUAAAAAGAAGAAAAUUGAUUAUUUUCUCAUUUAUAGAAAUUACUUGUAAUAUUGUAUAAUUAGUUCUUUUUCCAAAAACAUUUUUUCUUUUAGUUCAUCUUCAUUUCACUUCUUUCUUUUUUCUCUCUCUGUCUCUUUUGUAUUAAAAAGAAAGUGAAAUAAAAUGUAUUACUCAGCCAACACACACAAAC